AUGGCGGGAAAGCACGGCACGCCGUGUGGGCCAGCCAGAGGUAAGGACGAGCCCCCCCAAGCGCGUCAUCAACAACUUAAUCAGCAAAUCGAAGUGACUAAGAGUGCGCAGCAGCAAUCACCUGAGCAGCAACAGUGCCGGCGUAGUUUGGUUGAUAGAGAGUUGGAUGCAGUUCUAUCCAGGUUGGAUGGGGGAGGUCUCGCAUGGUUUGGACGGACGGAGGGGGGGAGGGGGGAUGCACCGACCCGAAGGAAGGGCGGGUGCGUGGUUGUUUCGGCGCCGGAGUGCGUGGGCGUAUGCGGGCUUGCAAGCCACCGGUCCCACCAAUCCCACCAAGGUCCCACUGGUCCCACAACAAGUCCUGCAGAAUGGGCCAAAGGUGCUUGGGCCGAAGUAUCCAUCAGGGAGGGGAGGGGCAAGCGCAACCCAGAACGGAACAGCGGAGGAUCCAAUUGGAGUAAGGGUUUAAAGCUUGGCGGGGGCCCCCCCCUCCUCCCUCCUCCCCCCUCUCCCCGAGCAAAAGUGCAAGGAAGCAAAAUGCUCCACUCCGUACAUGACUUGGCUGAAGGGACCAACGGGACCAACGGGACCGACGGGGCCGACGGGGCCAACGGGACCAAAAGGGAAGCGGAAGAAGGGGACCUCGGGAGGAGAUGGAUGGUUGUGAUGAGCAAUAGCUUGCUUAGUACUAGAGGAAUGGAGUCUGGAGAAGGCAGCAAGCAGUUAUGGACGGUGCUUCUUCAGCGGAGAGGUGCUGGAGCCAUAGCAGCGGCAAGUAGCAGCUGUAGCAGCAACAGAGCACCCCGUCAGACCCAAGAUGGCCCAUAUUGGCCCAUUGGCCAUGGGUCAUCCCCACCCAAUCCCACAAGGGUCGUGGUGGAAUCUCGGCAACAUCAGGACGAAAGGACAUGGCGGGCAUGGGCUGUGCAAGAUGAAACCCCUAGGCGAAUCAUGGCAGGCCUCUCUCCCUACGUUCGUUCGAUGGCGUGUGCCAUACGGACAACCCCUCACCCCCAAGGCUAA